ACGCCGUCAUUCAACGAAGGGGGAAGACAAAGGCGGACGCACAACACCGGCGGCGGGCGGAAGGAGAACGUUUCUGUUGCGAGUUUGUCAGGAGAUGCACAUGGAGUCUCUGCACCGACGGGCAUAAAAAUUUAAACGCUGCGUGGAUGGAUUUAUUUAUUAAACAUCACCGAAUAAAACCCAGUUUAACGCGGGUUCUGCUCCUCUGACCAUGAGCCAGGCUGCAGUGACAUGGUGAUAUGCUUUGAGCGGCAACGGGCAGCCGUGGAACCAAGGAGCGAUAGCUGUUUGCCAAUGACUGGCGAAGGCAUUGGUUUGGAGGCUUUGGCCUCACCGCAGGCGGGGUAUUUGGGAAAAGUUCAGGAAAGAGCUGCUUCACUGAAGGACUGUCCUUGGUGUAACUCCAAAGGGUUGACCUUUGCCCUACGCUCCUACCGGAUCAAUCUCCAGGAAUCCAUAACCCUCUGCACAAACGCACAGUGUCUUUUCCCACUGGUUACUCGGCCCCUGGAGGAUGUUUUGGCUAGCCUGGAUCCUGUGGAGCCUUCGGUUGGGAACAAAAGGAAAAACUCCUUGGCUGUGGAAGACGUGAUUGAAUCUCCGCUCAAAUGGCAGCGACUAAGCGAACAUGGCGAUCGCCGACCACAGAGUGUUUCUUGCGUGCCUGUCAGCUCUCUAGAGAAUUGCUCUUUAAACUCUGUGACAAAUGGCCACAGUGGAAGCCCAAACACUGGAAGUGAAAUGGUGAAUGGAUACCACAAGGAAAGUCCAGAUGUCAAGACAGCAGACUGGGACGAUAAAGAUGUUCAGGACAGAGAUGAUCCUGCUCCCCCUGCAUGCUCCAGUUCUGUUGGAUCGUCUUCAGACGUUUUGUUGGCUAGUAAUGAAGCCGAGCCCCCUUCUCUCUCUCCGCACCUUGUCUACCCAGAUGCAGCAAAGCAGAACAAUGUUCCAGCAUCGAACACAUGCAGCAGAUCCAAUUCCAGUCAGGCCAUUUAUCCAGAUAAUAUCAAAACCCCAUCGUCUCUAUGCAAUGAGCCGACAACUAAGGAAUCCCUCGAGGCGGACGUCUUCCCAUGUCGAGACGUUAACGGUUUUCGUUCAGAGAGUCGAGAUUCGUUGGACAAAUUUGUCUCUGUUCCAAAACAGUUUCUGUGGAGAAACAGCAACAACCUCUGCUGGCUGGACUCUCUGCUGGCUGUGUUGGUAAACUGUAAGAGCUUGAGAAAACUUCGACCUGAACAUCAGCCUCAGCGCUCGUCUGUGUGGCGGCUGCUGAGAAAACAUGAAGGCAUCUGUGCUGCAGUCCAGGAACAUCAGCAAACUGACAAAGAUGGUGUUCCCCGGGUGCCGAGUCACGUGCUGCAAAACGCCCAUGUUGACCUGCAGAAUCUCAGAAUGUCUGUUUUCAAGCUACUGCAACCCAAACUGCACUGCAAACUGGGUCAGAGGGAAACUCCUGUUUUUGCCAUGCCUCUUCUGCUCAAGUUGGACUCCUGGGUGGAGCGUCUCUUCCAAGCAACUUUUCUCUGGGAGUUUAAGUGCAGCGCAUGCAAAGUUAUCACGAAAGAAAGGGUUGAAAAAACUCUCCCAACUUUCACAAAUAUUGUGCCUGAUUGGACUCCUCUCAAUGCAGCUCAUUUAGCUCCUUGUAAUGCAUGCUGCAAGAAGAACGAGAGGAGGACGAUGUUACUGGAGAGUGUACCUCCAGUGUUUGCACUGCACUUCGUGGAGGGGCUUCCUCACAACAACAUCAGGAACUACGCCUUCAGCUUCAAGGGGAAACGCUACUCAGUGACUGCUGUUAUCCAGUACAGCCAGCAACUCAAGCACUUCAUCACCUGGAUUUACAAUGAAGAUGGAUCAUGGCUGGAGUAUGAUGAUUUAAAAAAUGCUUGUGAAACCCACCAGCACUUGCAGAUCCCCACUCAGGAAAUCCAUGUUGUCUUCUGGGAGGAGGAAGAGGAGACGCAGCCGUCCUUCUGCUCUCUGUCCAACGUGUUGCUAGAACCUCCUUCAGCUGACAUUGAAGCGGUUCCCAGUUUGAAAGACUUGAGCACAGAAGAACUACCAACCCAGACUCCAGAUCAGUCUUUUCUUACCUCUCACAACGACACCGAUAUCGUCUGCGCUCUGUCAGGAGACUGCAGCACCUCAGCUGAUGUCAACACAUCGAUAGGUGACUCCACCCUGCUUGACACCUUUGAGGGCCUUACACAUGAUGAUUUAAUCACACUCACCCUGGUGGAGUUUCAGCCUGAUUCGGUUCAGUCUGAGAUGCGCCCUGUAAAGGAAACCCAACAAGCAGAAGACCCAAGUAGUCCUGUGAUUACUGAAAACGUAGUUUCUUCUUUACCCGACAGCUCCAUCCCUGCAGCAGGGGGCAACUUGUGUCACAACACCGAUGCUCAGUCUGCUCCCAGCAGCAGCCCAUGUGACUCAGAGUUGUCAGACAACUUGGUGAGUGAUCCCACGUUUGUGCCCAAUGCAAAAAAACGACAAAGUAGAACACCUAACCUUAGGAAAACCGUCCGCAGGCAGAAAGGUAAAAAAGCAGCUUCCUCCAAAGAUCCUCCGCCUGAGCCCUCUGAGACACCCGAACCUUUGGAGCAACCCGAAUCCGUUUGCCCUGCUCAAAGUAACACAGCUGCUGUUACAGAGCAGACAUCCACUGUGUCUUCUAUUAACAACUCCCCUCCGCUCUUGACUCAGAAAGAUCGCUGGUCUUACAUACUAAGCAGACACCCUGUUAAUCAAUCUCAUAAAAACAUUUCACAUCCUCCUCCCACACAAAAUGGCGUAAUAUCUGAAGUGAAGCAAUCUCAUCCUGUUCACUCCACUCCCAAACCGGUGAAGAUGCCCCCGAUUCCUGCGAGAGUCCCCAGACCUCCGCUCAGUACAGAAGAACGUACGGGUCUCCCACCAAAAGCUGCAGAGAUGUACGGUGGUUUUGGUGCAAAGAAUCCCAACCCCGUCAUUCCUCUUCCAUCCUCGUUACCUCCAGCUAUCUCGUCUAACCACCCAGCCCCUGUCACAUGGACGUCUAGCACGUCUCCUCGGCUCACUGAAAUAUCUUCAUUUAAAACACCGGGAAGCUCAAAGGUUUCUUCAGGUCUGGGUGACACUGAAACCCUCAGAUACAAACUCUUGAAGAAGCUUAAAGCUAAAAAAAAGAAGCUGGCAAAACUGAACCAACUGCUGGGAACUGGAGGAGGGGCCCACCUCAGACCGGACAGCACCGACCUCAACUCUCCAAGCACCGUGAGCUCCAGCACCUACGACGGCUCUGCCUGCUCUGACCUGUUGUCCCCGGCAACGACAGCCAGCAACCUUUCCCCGGACAGCACUGGCUUCCUGGAGAUGUUGGUUAGCGGGCAGGAUGGGGCGAACCAACUGGACUGUGUGGUUAGCGGUGCCGGAGCUGUGACUCCAACUAACUAUCGAACAACUCAGCAUGAAGAUCACAACUUCCUGGAGGAGUUUGAGUUUUUCUCUGAUUUCUUAAGCUGACCGACACAGAUCGAGGACGUUGGUGCACUUUAGAUUUUUACUUUUCGUUACCCUGAAGGCUACAAGCACAGUUAACUGUAAAAUCAUAUGAAAUGACUUUGUAAGCUGCCUCGCCUGUUUCUUCAUUUACAUAGGAGUCCUUAUGUUUGUGUACGACUACAAUUUUACAGCAAAUAAACUUGAUCAUGAUUUUUUUUUUACCCUUUUCAAACAUUGCACUUUGUUUUUCUUGUGUACUGUAUGCAAAAAGAUCACACAGAAGCCUGGUUAAAGGUUGAAACAUUUUUAUAAUUUGUUUUUUUACAAGUGACUUGAAGCUGAGAGGUUUUUAAUGUCAUUAAAAUAAUUUAAACUUCUUGUUCAUUUGUUAAUUAUCAACCUUUGGCCAGCUGUUAAUGUAAUAAAGUAUUUAUACUGCUUUUGA